AUGCCGACCCCCAUCCACAACCUCCCAGCCCUCCGUGUCCUCAAACUCCCGCUAAGCGACUACUCCCACGUCUCCAAACUUCAAUCCAUCCUAUUCAACCUCCACCUCCUCUACAAAUCCUCCCAAAGUACACCAAACCCAAUCCCUCAACCUCCACCAUACCUCAUCACCUCAUCCUUCCAUCCAAUUUACACAUUCGGUCGACGUGAAGCCGCCAGAACACCACCUGAACCGGUCCUAAACCUCUUAUCUGAGAAUAAAGCUGCAAUAGCUUAUACACCGCGUGGAGGGCAAGUUACGUUUCACGGACCGGGACAGGUAGUUGCAUAUCCGAUUCUUGAUUUGAAGAGACACGGGCUUUCGCCUAAAUGUUACGUGCGAGUCCUUGAGAAGGCUGUUAUAAGGGUGUUAAGGAAAUGGGGGAUAAAAGGGUUUACGACGAAAGAGGCGGGUGUGUGGGUCAAGAAUGACAGGAAGGUUGCGAGUAUUGGGGUCAAUUUGAGGAGGUGGGUUAGUAGUCAUGGAUUGGCUUUGAAUGUUGAUACGGACCUUGAGUGGUUUAAGAAGAUUGUGGCUUGUGGGUUGGAUGGUGUGGAGAUGUGGUCUAUGAAGAAGGAAUGGGAGGAUCAGCUGGAACAUAAGAGUAAUGAGGGAGGUAGGAUCCCUGGGAGCCUGACUGAGCUAAUAAAUAGGGUGGAUAGCAAGGUGUUCAAGAGGAGGAUAACAGAAGAAGUUGUACAUGAGAUAGCGGAUGGGAUAGGAUGCAGAUUGGCUACACCUAUUACCGUGGAGGAAGUCGAGGAGCUAGGGAGGAAGUAUGAGCUUUCUGGAGAAGAUGGGAUAGAGUGGCUUAAGUACUGGGAUUCUUCGGGUCUGUACUAUAGGGUUAAAGGAGAUAACAUGGAAAUGGAGGGUGAGGAACGAGUUCCUGAAGAAAAGAGGGAAACGGAUUUGGAUGAUGUUAAAAACAAUAACGACACAGAUCCUGAUGAAGGUGCGCCCCUUUUCUUCAAAUCUAAACGCAUUUAUCGAGGUUGGGACCUCCCUUAG